ACGGACGCGCGGCCGCCGGGCAUGGACGUCUAACCCGCUGCCGCAGCCAUGGUGCAAGUAGACGGCGUCCAGAUCCAGCAGCUGGAGGCUACAGCGCCGCUGUCGUCUCCGGCCCUGAUUGGCGUCUGCCUGGGUGCCGCGCUCCUGCUGCUCUCGGUGGCGGCCGUGGCGUGCUUCUGCUACCGGCGCCGGGGCUCGCCGCCUCACAAGCUCAUCUACCGACGCCCGCCGGAGCGUUCGGUCGGCCUGCGCCGGCCCACCGCCGUGCGCAGUCCCGGCAGCCAGGGCCACUACCUCAAGAAGUCGCCCAGUCCCACCGGCAAACCGGCCACGCCCGGCUCUGGCUCAGAUGGCGGCGGCGAGCCGGGCGAGCGGGCUCAUACGCCCAGCCUGCACACGCCCAGCCCCAGCGACGAGACGACCACCCGCUCCAUUAAGAGCUUCACCGAAAACGAGCUGUCAGAGCCGCCGCCCAAGAAGGACGAGCCCGAGACGACCAAGCUGGGCCAGCUCAACUUCCGGGUCAGGUACAACUCUGAGAAGGCCGCGCUGCUGGUGACAAUCGUACAAUGCGUCGGUCUGCCGGCGCGCGGCGCGGCCGGCACCGGCAGCGACCCUUACGUGAAGCUGCAGCUUCUGCCCGAGCGACAGCACAAGGUCAAAACCCGCGUCCUCCGCAACACCCAGGACCCCGUCUACGAGGAGGACUUCACCUUCUACGGCAUCCAGUUCAACAAGCUGGAGAGCACGACUCUGCACUUCGUGGUGCUCAGCUUCGACCGCUACUCGAGGGACGACGUGAUUGGCGAGGUGCUGUGCCCGAUGUCGAGCGUCGAGCUGGCCGAACAGGACACGACCUGUGAACUCAGUCGACCCAUCGCGCCGCGCAGCAUCAAGAUGAAGAGCCAGGGUCGUGGAGAGCUGCUGGUGUCACUCUGCCACCAGCCAGCCGCCAGCAGACUGACCGUCGUCGUCCUGAAGGCUCGCAACCUGCCGAAGAUGGACAUCACCGGCCUCUCUGAUCCGUACGUCAAGAUCUACCUGCUCUGCAACGGCCAGCGGAUCACCAAGAAGAAGACCCACGUGAAGAAACGAACGCUGAACCCGGUCUUCAACGAGUCGUUUGUGUUCGAGCUGCCGCCCGGCAGCGACUCGCUGGCCGGCGUGCGGCUCGAGUUCCUGCUGCUCGACUGGGAUCGAGUCACCAAAAACGAGGUGAUUGGUCGUCUGGAGCUGGGCACACCGCCGCCGGAGGGCAAGCGGCUGCCGUCGGCGGCGCACCACUGGUCCGAGAUCGCCAGCUCGCCGCGCCGACAGAUCGCCGAAUGGCACAAACUCACCGAGUAGCGGCGCCGCACCGUCCACGCCGCCGGGUAGCCGCGGCCGCUUGACGUCAGUGGGACAGAGCUGCCGAUAUCCGGCACCUAGGCUGCUACCGGGAGAUCGUGCGGCCCGUCAGGUCAUGGGACAGCUGUCGAUAAUCCAGCACCCGGACCAUCGCUGGGAGAUGCUCCAAAGUGGCGUCAUCUGUUGGCGGCAGGUGUUGCGGUUAGUGACGUCACUGGUGGACUGUCAUAUGAUUCGGAGAGCAGGUGAUCGCUGACAGGCUACCCGGUCAGUGACGUCACUAAGGCAGAGCUGCCGAAUCAUCACCUAAGCUGUUGCCGGCGUACCGUCCGGUCAGCGACGUCAGUUAUGCCAAGCUGGCAGAUCAUCCAGCGCGCAGUCUGGGGCCGGCGGAUCGCUUCUAGUCACAGAUGUCCUAUUUUCGUAUAGAGUAUAUAUUCUUUCGGUUCUGCCACUACCCAGCUGAAGGCGGCGGUUCAGUGCGAUGGCUGCGGGCCGAGGAGGAGGACGCGGGAGGCGGACGUGGCGCGGCCACACCGGCGGGGCCGUGAUCUCCGGCGGCAGAGGAGCACCGCAGAGACGCUAUGGACCGUUUGUGUCGUGGACAUUGUAUCAUGUGUCACCCUAUCUCAGCAAUGGCGGCCAGGAGAGGUGGGAAGCACCUCCUCGCCGCGCUCCUUGUCAGGCGCAGCUGUCCGGGAUGCCGCCCGCGGCGCUCCGAUCAGCACCACAGCGCAAUCCUGGACGACUGCUUCCGGGCGUCCAGCGUCUCGCGAACGAGCCGUCAGUUUCAUUUGUGCUUUGUUUCGCUUAGCAUCAGCCCCGACGUCGGCCUGCUGUAGGAACGUUGUAACGCCCCGUUUCAUUGUCUGAUGCCGAUCUGUUUCGGAUGCGUUCCACCUCUUUAGGCUCGCACUACAAAUAUAACGCGCCCUCUCCAG